AUGAUCAUGACAUUGUAUAAAGGCCCUAUAGUCGAUACCUUGGGGUACACCAAAGGCGGUAGCCACCGUAGAGCCACUAGUGACUCGGUCAAGUAUGAACAUUGGGUUAGUGGCAUAUUAAUGUUGAUUUCGUGUAUUGUAGGCUGGUCCGCCUUCUUUAUAGUUCAAUAUUCGGACUCCACUCAGUGGUAUGGGGUAAAAGCAAAGAUCAGAAAACCUCAGCUAACAUACGAUGCUGUGAAGGCCCAAGAAUUGCCAGUGGUGGACAUAAAAACAUCAGCAAAUGUUGUUGCUGACAAUAUAGUAACUGCUGGAAAUCCCAUGUUCCACAGCUAA